UCCUAUAGUUUUGCAGUUGUCGGGUGGCUUCCAUCAACACACGACAUGGCAACGAGUAGUAUUCUUUUAUCACUUGCUCUCCUUUGCUGUUCUUUAAUUUCAGCUAUCAGCGUCAAAUUUCAUGGAGGACGAUUGAAUUCGAAUGAAGCCGACGCUAUCGCUUUCCUGAACGAGUAUAACACAGAGUAUGGGGCCUUAGUCAAUCAGUACGUUAUCGCUUCGUGGAACUAUGAAACAAAUUUGACCGACGAGAACGCCAACGCUGUUGCGCAAGCAGGAGGAGUUGCCGGAGCUUAUUACGAGGAAGCCUGCGCCACUGCGGCCACAUUCGAUACGACUAAUUUCAGCGAAGACAUCAAGCGUCAAUUAGCUUAUCUCGAUUCAGUUAGUCUAGAACCAGCAGAAUCAGAAGAAUUGUACAAUAUUCUUAGCGAGAUGGCCAACAUUUACGGCACGUAUCAGACCUGCAGAUCCAAUCCGAUGACGGGUAUUAACGAAUGUAUGUACCUUGAACCGGAGUUGACUGAACUGAUGGCACAAGUAGGAAACUAUGACGAUCAUCUGUGGGCUUGGCAGGCCUGGCACAAUGGAGUUGGUCGUCAACUCCGCCCGCUUUACUUGCGUUACGUCGAACUGAAAAACAAGGAAGCUCAACUCAACGGCUACGCUGAUUAUGGCGAUCAAUGGCGACAAAAGUACGAAACCACUGAAAUGGAAACUAUUGUUCAAGAUCUCUACGUUCAAGUCGAGCCACUGUACAAACAAUUACACGCGUACAUCCGCCGCAAACUCUACGAUGCCUACGGACCAGAUAAAAUCGAUUUGCGAGGGCCUCUUCCGGCUCAUUUAUUAGGCGACAUGUGGGGCCGUUUCUGGGUCAAUUUGAACGAAAUCGCCAUCCCUUACCCCGACAAACCGUCGACUGAUCCCACACCGGAGAUGAUCCGCCAGAACUACACUGUGGAACGCAUGUUUCAAACAGGAAAUCAGUUUUACACGUCGAUGGGUUUGCUACCCGUACCCGAUACUUUUUGGAACCUGUCUAUGUUGGAAAAGCCCACUGACGGCCGUGAGGUUGCUUGCCAUGCUACGGCUUGGGACUUCUACGAUGGCAAAGAUUUCCGUAUUCGCAUGUGCACUAAAGUUAUCUUUGAAGAUUUUCAAACCGUCCAUCACGAACUAGGACACAUUCAAUAUUACAUGCAAUACGCCUUCCAGCCGCUCAACUUCAGGGAUGGAGCCAAUGAUGGAUUUCACGAAGCUGUUGGAGAACUAAUGGCAAUGAGUUUCUCUACUACCAAGCAUUUGAACGCCAUCGGUCUUCUAAAUGUCCCCGAUGAUCCUGACGUGGAUAUGAACUUCUUGCUAUUCCAAGCGUUGAACACCAUCUCUACCCUGCCAUUCCAUUUGACGCAAGACACUUGGCGCUGGAGCAUGUUCAGAGGCGACAUCCCGCUCGAAGAGCUCAACGAUAACUACUGGGCAGAAAAAGCUCGAGUUGUUGGAGUGGCACCGCCGGUAGGACGUGAUCCCGCGCUUGACUUGGAUAUUACAGCCAUCUAUCACGUUUGCAACGACUUUGACAUGAUUCGAUAUUUCAUGCGCACUUUCUACCAAUAUCAGUUCAAUGAAGUUCUAUGCCAAGCGGCAGGACACGAAGGCCCCUUGUACAAAUGCGAUUUCUACAAUUCCACCGCUGCCGGAGAUGCCCUAGCGGAAAUGUUAAAAUUAGGAGCAUCACGACCCUGGCAGGAUGCGAUGGAGGCAUUGACUGGGCAACGUGACAUCCUAGCCUCUCCGCUGCUCAAUUAUUUCGAGCCAUUGCGCAUUUGGUUAGAGGCCGAGAACAUCAAAAAUGGCGAUUACAUCGGAUGGGACAUACCGGCAAACAAACACGUCAACAAAGAAUUUGCACCGUACCUUAAAGAAAAAACGCAGCAGAAACUCGGUUUGUCUCCAGCCCGCGAAUCGCCAUCGCCAAUGUUGCGGAAGAACAGGAUGUUGUCCGGUUUCCGACCCCGCUUUGACUAAUGUUCGACUCUAAAACACACAAAACAAAGACAAUGUUAAACUUACAAAAAAUAACUUUUUAAUCGGAAUCAGCUGUCGAAUAACAAGUGUACUAACUUGGCAGCCAAAACAUGAGAGCAUCUUAUUUGACUGGUGUAUUUGUAUAGUGAAUAGUAGAAAUGGAAUAAUUACAAUAAUCGAAAGCA